AUGUCUAUUGACUUCCCCAAGGAGGAGGAGGCUGUCCUCCAGAGAUGGCGUGAGAUCAAGGCAUUUGAGCGUCAGCUCGAGUUAACAAAGGGCAAACCCCUUUACACCUUUUAUGACGGGCCUCCUUUCGCCACUGGUCUUCCUCACUAUGGCCACUUGCUGGCCUCCACCAUCAAGGACAUUAUCCCGAGAUAUUGGUCCAUGAAGGGCUUUCACGUUGAAAGACGCUUCGGGUGGGACACCCAUGGACUACCUAUCGAGCACGAGAUUGACAAGAAGUUGGGCAUUUCUGGCAAGGCUGCUGUCAUGCAGUUGGGAUUGAAGAACUACAAUGCCGAAUGUCGAUCUAUUGUCAUGCGGUACAGCGGGGAGUGGCGCCAUACCGUUGAGAGACUCGGCCGUUGGAUCGACUUCGACAACGACUACAAGACCAUGGACCCUACCUUCAUGGAGUCUGAAUGGUGGGUUUUCAAGCAGCUAUUCGACAAAGGCGCUGUCUAUCAGGGCCAUCGCGUCAUGCCUUACUCAACAGCCCUGACCACAGCAUUGAGCAACUUUGAGGCCAAUCAAAACUAUCAGGAUGUCAGCGACCCUGCCAUCGUCAUCUCAUUUCCCCUGAUCGAAGACCCCGAGACUCACCUGCUGGCGUGGACGACGACGCCGUGGACCUUGCCUUCGCAUCUCGGACUGGCUACGCACCCUGAUCUCGAAUACAUCAAGAUUCUUGACGAGAAGUCAGGCAAGAAAUACAUUCUGCUCGAGAAACUUCUUGGUACACUGUACAAGGACGUGAAGAAGGCCAAAUUCAAGAUCCUUGAGAAGAUCAGCGGCAAGGCCAUGCUCGGCUGGAAGUACGAGCCCCCCUUCAACUACUUCUAUGAUGAAUACAAGGACGUUGCCUUCAGGGUACUGAACGCUACCUACAUUACUGAUGACAGUGGUACUGGCAUUGUUCACCAGGCACCUGCUUUCGGUGAGGACGAUUACAACGUCGCCGUUGCAGCUGGCAUUGUCACCGAGAACAGGGCGCCUCCCGACCCUAUUGACGACAGUGGUCACUUCACCAGCCGCGUCUCUGAUUUCGCCGGCAUGCACGUCAAGGAGGCCGACAAGCAUAUCAUCAAACACCUGAAGGGUGCCGGAAAGAUUGUGGUCGACUCCACGCUCAAGCACUCAUACCCCAUGUGCUACCGUUCUGACACUCCUCUCAUUUACCGCGCAGUACCCUCGUGGUUCGUCCGCAUCCCCGAGAUUAUUCCUCAGAUGCUGGAGAACAUCAAAGGCUCUCACUGGGUGCCUUCUUUUGUCAAGGAGAGGCGGUUUGCCAGCUGGAUCGAGAACGCCCGUGACUGGAACGUCUCACGAAACCGUUACUGGGGUACUCCCAUUCCACUUUGGGUCAGCGAUGAUUUGGAAGAGCGAGUGUGUAUCGGCAGCGUGCAGGAGUUGCGUGAGCUGAGUGGCUACACUGGAGACCUGUCUGACCUACACCGAGACAGCAUCGACCAUAUCACGAUUCCUAGCAAAAUGGGCAAGGGAACUUUGAGACGCAUUGAGGAAGUGUUCGAUUGUUGGUUCGAAUCUGGCAGUAUGCCAUACGCCAGUCAGCACUACCCCUUCGAGAACGUUGAAAAAUUCGAGAAGUCGUUCCCUGGUGACUUCAUUGCCGAAGGCUUGGAUCAGACCAGAGGGUGGUUCUAUACCCUACUUGUCCUGGGCACACAUCUUUUCGGCAAGAUUCCAUUCCAGAACUGUGUUGUCAAUGGCAUAGUCUUGGCCGAGGACGGAAAGAAGAUGUCGAAGCGUCUCAAGAACUACCCAGUUCCUGAUUUGGUCAUGGACAAAUACGGUUCCGAUGCUCUCCGUCUCUAUCUCAUCAACUCGCCAGUUGUGCGUGCUGAACCACUGAGAUUCAAGGAGUCUGGUGUCAAGGAGGUUGUUCAAAAGGUCCUACUACCUCUCUGGAACAGCUACAAAUUCUUCGAAGGCCAAGUGACGCUGCUCAAGAAGGUCGAGGGCAUCGAUUACACUUGGAGUCCAAAGGCCCUGUCGAACAACGAGAACGUGAUGGAUCGGUGGAUCUUAGCUAGCUGCCAGAGCUUGCUGCAAUUCGUCAACCAGGAGAUGAGUGCCUAUCGACUUUAUACUGUUGUGCCGCGUCUGCUCGGGCUCAUUGAAAACACGACGAACUGGUACAUCAAGCUGAACCGAAGACGUCUCAAGGGUGAGAAUGGAGUCGAGGACACCCAACAUGCGCUUAACACCCUAUUCGAGGUCAUCUUCACGCUAUGCCGCGGCCUUGCUCCUUUCACUCCCUUCAUCACCGACACAAUUUACCAAAAGCUCCGCCCCUUCAUUCCUAAGGAGGCUGAGGCAGAAGACGCGCGCAGUGUCCACUUUUUGCCGUUCCCCGAGGUGCGCCAGGAGUUGUUCGACGAGGUUGUCGAGCGCAGAGUCGCUAGAAUGCAGAGGGUCAUUGAUCUGGUCAGAGUGUCUCGCGAGAGAAGAGCAGUCGGCCUCAAGACUCCGUUGAAGACGCUCGUUGUCAUUCAUCGCGAUCCUCAAUAUCUCCAAGAUCUCGAGUCUCUCUCAUCUUACAUCAAGGAGGAGAUGAAUGUAAGAGAUCUAGUUCUCACAUCUGACGAGGCCAAGUACAACGUCCAGUAUAGCGUUACUGCCGACUGGCCCGUGCUAGGUAAGAAGCUCAAGAAGGACAUGGCCCGGGUCAAGAAGGCGCUCCCAACACUCGGCAGCGACGCUGUUAAGGAGUACUCGGAGAAGAAGGUGAUUCUCGUCGAUGGAAUUAAGUUGGAGGAAGGUGAUCUCGUUGUGAGACGAGGUUUGAAGGAAGACGAGUCCUCGAAGAAUCUGGAGACGAACUCGGACAAUGACGUGCUCACCAUUUUGGACGCUGAGCUUCACGUGGAACUGGCCCACGAGGGUCUCGCAAGAGAGAUCAUCAAUCGCGUACAGCGUCUCAGAAAGAAGGCCAAGCUGCAGCCGACGGAUGACAUCAAGAUGGAAUACAAGGUUAUCAGCGACCCUGACAAUAUUGGCCUCGAAGAGGUGUUUGUCUCGCAGACCAGAGUCAUUGAGAAGGCGCUCCGCAGACCGGUGGAUAAGCACGAAGUCACUACGGUGGAAGGCGAGGUACCGAACGAAAAGCAGAAGGGAAUCAUUGCGGAAGAGGAGCAAGAAGUGCAGCAUGCGACAUUCUUACUCCGCCUGCUCGAGCUUUAG